AUGACUUUUCGCUACAACACAUUGAACCCGGAAGACUAUGAGAUUCGAUUACUCUGCAUCCACCCUUCUCGAAACCCAAAAAACCCCGUGCAGUGCUCCCUCAAAACCGUGUCACUCAAGAAGCGCCCAAAAUUUGAGGCUCUCUCGUACGUCUGGGGAACCAAUCAUGCCACAGACAGGAUUCUUCUCGAAGGCAAUGUGUUCUGCGUAACCCCAAACCUCGCAAAAGCCUUGUACCACCUUCGCACCGCCUGGUGGAAGCGCAUGAUAUGGGUCGACUAUAUCUGCAUCAAUCAAUCUGAUACCGAGGAAAAGAACACUCAAGUCCCCCUGAUGGGUUUGAUAUACGCUAGAGCUGAUCGCGUUGUUUCUUGGCUCGGGGAAGCCACCCCCGAGAUCGAACUCGCGGUUACACGGGGGGAGCGAUACCUCGACAGAAAAAUGAGCACGGGAGCUUUAUACUGGUGGUGGCUCAGUGCCAGGGGUCUGUUCGCUGCCAGGACCACAGUAGAGAAGCAGAUCGCCCAAACUUAUGCUAUUAAAGGCGUGUUCCAGAUUACCAUGAUGCCUUAUUGGUUUCGGACCUGGACAUAUCAAGAAUUUCUGCUGGCAAAGCAUGAGCCAAUUUUUGUCUGCGGUCAUUUGGCGGUCAAAGCAUCGACAAUCCUAAAGAGUCUCUAUAUUGAAAGUAGGGGCAACUUGGAACGUAAGGCAUUAGAUGACAUGAACUUGCCUCGAGGUCUAUACGACAGUGCUUUGCAGGCCAUAACAGACUUGAGUGAAUUUCCCGACUUUGCGCCCAUAUACAACGUCACCCGGAUACUAGACACUUUGCGCCCACAGAUACAGAAUGAUGUGGUUUCCUUGCUAACCCACCUCCACGUGACAAUCCAACGCCAGUGCGAGAAUCCCAAGGACAGGAUCUAUGGGUUAUAUGGUCUUUGCCCUGGUAUCCGGAAGGUUUAUUCACCGGAUUACAACAAAACAUUAGAACAGAUUAUGCUAGAAACUACAAUGUGGAUCAUGGAUAAUGAAGACGGAGUGAUCGUUUUCGCUCUACUUCCUUUCCCUGUGCAUAACACAGUCAGGGGCUCACUCCCAACCUGGGUACCAGAUUAUCAGGGAGGUUUCUCUCAGUUCUUUUGGGCUUAUGCCUACAUCUUCCUCACUCACAACGAGGAGGAAACAACGUAUAACGAGCACCAUGCGUCUUAUAUUGAAAAAGAUGUGUUAACAUUGCAUCUCUGGGCCUAUCGUGCAGAUAUACGCAAGGUUGUAGUCCAAUUCGGGCCGGACCCGUGCAAGACUGCAACGCAGAUUAUGGAAGUCCUUGGGAAUACGGAGGACUUGUGGAGUGAACAGUGGAGCCCUCCGAUGAUGCAGGAAACGCUUUCUAAUACAUUCAAGAUAUUCUACCGCAGAGUCAACAGCUACUCGACAAAGGAGAUACUUGAAGGAGUACAAAGAAUAGCGCAUACUGAUCACUCAGUUGAGAGGGAGCGAGCCCUAAAUGACUUGGAAGACUCGACCAACUCCGACGUCGCCAGACUCCUAGAGCUCCUUGACGGUAACCGACUUUUAAUUGUAUCCAAUACACAUGGCUGUGCAUUCGGAUUGAGUCCUGGUGUUGGCGAGGCUAAGGACAUCCUUGUUGUACCGCACGAGUCGUUUCACCCGCUUAUACUCCGAGGCGACUCCAUUGCAGAUGGAGACAAUGGCCAAGUGUAUUAUAAAGUGGUUGGCCAGGUCAUAGCUGGAGACCGGGACAGGCCAACUCCUUUCAGUGAUGGAGUAAAACAGCAGCCUUUGGAGGAAUUUCUUGUGAUUUGA